CUGGCCGUCGGGCCGCUCCGCUCCCUCCCGCUUCCGUCCUGCGGGGCAGGGCGCGCAGGUGCCUGAUACACAUCCUGCUUUUAGAGGAUAAUGUUAAGGGACACUAUGAAAUCUUGGAAUGACAGCCAAUCAGAUCUCUGUAGCAGUGACCAAGAAGAGGAAGAAGAGAUGAUUUUUGGUGAAAAUGAAGAUGAUUUGGAAGAGAUGAUGGAUUUAAGUGAUCUGCCUACCUCACUCUUUGCUUGCAGUGUCCAUGAAGCAGUAUUCGAGGUGCAGGAGCAGAAGGAAAGGUUUGAAGCACUUUUUACCAUCUACGAUGACCAAGUUACCUUUCAGUUGUUCAAAAGCUUUCGGAGAGUCAGGAUAAAUUUCAGCAAACCAGAAGCCGCAGCGAGAGCUCGAAUAGAACUCCACGAGACAGACUUCAAUGGGAAGAAGCUGAAGCUGUAUUUCGCACAGGUGCAGAUGUCUAGUGAAGCUCGGGAUAAGUCCUAUCUCCUGCCGCCCCAGCCUGUCAAACAGUUCCUCAUCUCCCCUCCAGCCUCGCCUCCAGUGGGGUGGAAGCAGAGUGAAGAUGCAACGCCUGUUAUAAAUUAUGACUUACUCUGUGCUGUUUCCAAACUGGGACCAGGAGAGAAAUACGAACUUCACGCAGGAACUGAGUCGACACCUAGUGUGGUGGUGCAUGUCUGUGAAAGUGAAACUGAAGAGGAAGAAGAGACAAAAAACCCCAAGCAGAAAAUUACCCAGACACGGCGCCCUGACCCUCCGACUGCAGCACUGAAUGAGUCCCAGACCUUCGACUGUGCGCUGUGAGGCCUUGGCUGAGGGGCAGGGCAGCUGCCCUUGAGGGUUUCGGCCAUGGCGAUCAGCGUCCCUGCUGCUGACACAUCACGCUGCUGGUAGCGUGGGUGAGACUGGGAGUGAGUGCAGCUCAGGGUCCUUUCUCCACACCUGUCCUGCAGACAUGGUGGUAGAGAGUAGCAGCACAUUUUACCAUUCAGAAUUUUAAGGCAUAUUCUGAUGGCACUUUAAAUUAAUGGUUCAGCCCCCUAAGAUGUGGCAACUCUCGACCAUUUUCAAACAGUAGCAGAUUAGGAAAAUGGCUUCCCUUCCCCUGAGCAAUGUUAGUUCCUCUGAUUCUGCAAAAUGUGGGACACCCCAAAACUGGAACUGCAGUCACCCAGCACUGUACCAUUGUCAUAAACUUAAAAGUAGUCUUGCAUUUUUCCUAAUCCAGUGUAGGUGUUUUUGUACUGGUGUAAUAGCUUCUAACUAGUAUAUUGAUCCAAGGUGUUUAUGCAAUAUACAUGAAAUAUUUUGCACAAAAAGAAACCUGAAAUACAGAAUAAUUCAUAGAAAUCAUUUUUCUCAAGUGUUUCAUUAGCUUUGGGGAAGAAAUGCCAAACCCACUUCAAUGACCAGAGUCAGGUGACACAGAUCUGUGUGCAUGCUGUUCUCUUCCCUGUCACUCUUACUGGGAAGGUGGGGGAAGGUGGCGAGCAGGCCACGGUUCCUAUUGCAGCGUCCCCUCAGGCAUAGUCUGCCCGGGAAGGGCUGCUGCUUCGGAGGCGGGCCCUGUCACCAGUAGGCCUGACUGAUUUCAGAGGGCUGCUGCACUUUGCUGUUUGUGACCAUGUGCUGGCCUGGGACACCAAACUGUCUUCCCUUGCCAAUUUUUAGCCUACUUUUCUUUUUUAAUGUUUGUCAACCACUUAUUCUUAAGUUUUUCUGUGGUCUAGAUAUGUUUAUAUAUGUCACGCAUAGACUUUAAAUUGGAAAAGGUAAUGAUCUUCUACCUGGAUGUCUUCUGAAGACCAUUUUUACAUUGUCCAUUUAGACAUUUUCCACCCUGCUUUGAAAGAAAAGUCACACAUACUAUUUUUCUAUGAAUUAGGGAAUGAGGGAGAAACCUGUCUAGUCAUACUUUUCUUUUUGAUGAAAUUUUUUACCCUGGCUUUACAGUUUAUAUUUUUCCCAGAACAGAACUGUUUCUCACAUGUGUUUCAGAAUGCAUACUUGAACCUCCUAAAGUAGAAGCAGCAGCAGUGUCUUUGUAACUCUUUGUGGUCUUGUGGUCUCUUCAGACUUUGAAGUCCCUCUUCUAGAAGAAUCUCGCCCCGGAAUGCUUUGCUUCGGGUGAGUCUGUGCUCGUCUCUACUCAUUGUGCUGUUCCCUUGUGUGGCCACUGUCUGGAGCGCCCUGGCCGGUUUGUGAAGGAGUUGAAAACAUGCUUAAGAACUGAUGAACCCUUGUGGCUGCCACCACAGAGCAAGAAAACGCAGACAUUCAAGCCAUGAUAUCUGUACAUUUUUGGUAACAGGUUACUAUGAUUUAGUUCUUAUGGUGAGAUUUAUUUCUGAGCCAUUGAACUAUAUUGUGCAAAAAAAAAAAAGUUUUUCUCCAUUUUUCUUGGUCUGAAUAACUCAAGGUGACAGACUCUUCCAUUUGUAUCUUUGUAUCACUGCUAAGCCUUCAUGUAAACUCAGUUGAAUUUGCAGUUCCAUCCAUGAUCAAUUUAUUUAUACUAUCAUUUGUCACUUCGACAGCCACUUAAUAAAUACACUUUGCAGUCUGAAGUCAGCAUUUUACCCGUUUUUCUUUUAAAGCCAAAUUUUAUUUGAAUUUUUAAACAAUGUUUAGGAAACUUAAAAGUUCCAAAAGUGCAAAGAUUACGACGUUCACUAUUCAGUUACAGCCGGGUGCUGGCUACUUUACUUGUUUUUGUUUGUAGGGGAGACCCUAAAUUUCAGGAAGCAUAUGUAUCAUCAGCAGUUGGGAAUUUUUUGUAUUUCCCUUUAGGUAAUACUUAUUCAGCAUAAUUUUCUAAGUGAUCAGAACCCACGAUGUUUUGUUAUCUGACUUGGUUUUCCUUCUCUACCUGCCGGUUGAAGAAUAGCUCAUCCCUAACAUGUAAAACACUUUUUUUAAAAUGGUGUUUUGUGAUAAGAAAAAACAUAUGCAAAGGAUAGGAAAAGCAGAACAGCAGGGGUAGUCGACUGAACCUGCACUGCAUUGGAUCGUAUGUUGUAGAUAUUUUUUUCAACAUACACACCUGAUGAAACCCCAAGAUAAAUCCAUUUUAAAAGGAUUCUAGUGAGCAUCUGCUGGGUUUAAGGUGCUCAGAGGCAGGAAUGGGUAAGGCCACUUUCCUUACCUCUCCCUUGGAGAACUGACCAUCGGGUGGACAGCAAACUAGUGUUUUCACAUUCUGCUUCUUCAAAGCUGUGUACGUGAAUACUUAUCCAGAAUGAAGAGCCAAAUCAAAGCUCUGAGGAACUUUCAAGUUCAACACAAAAGUUUAAAUAGAGCAUGGUGGUCAAUUAUGAGAUGUUUGAACUGAAGAGAUACCAAGAGAUGAAGGUGAGGCACAGUGCUUUUAUUUUUUAAGAAUUCGGUCUUUAUUGUGUGCUAGUCACAUUAAUUCUGUCUUUUAAAAUGUAAAAAGAUUUGGUUUUCUUAGAAGCUCAGUAACCGGGCUGAAGGUGACUGUGAAGAUUGUGUAGUCUAAUCCUUGUGCUAUAUAGAUUAGAAAACUAAGGUUAUGGGACUGAUUUCAGAGCCCACAGAAAGGCAGCCCAGACACCGGAAUUGGUGUUCCCAACUCCUGGCUGGUGCUUUUCCUACUUUUUCUUGCAUUGUACUCUUAAAGGGACAGUGAAUACUAAUCCCUGUCAAAAGGAAUAAAGGUGGUAGGGGGAUUCUUUUUCUCCUGAUGGGAUACAAUGAAUAAGAAAGAAAUAAGAACUAUCUUGCUUGAUGAGGAUAGUAACUUAGUAAUUUUAAUGAAGUUGAUGUUCCAUGUUGUGUGAUUUUUUAAUUAUCGAACCACUGAGGGUGGAAUCUGCCUAAAUAAUUUUAUCUUGGUAGCCAGCAAUUUAUGUUGGCGUUUUUUGGUGGGCUUUCCCAGAUUUUCAUAUUAAUGAAAUUAAAACAUUAAUAGUUUUACUUAAGCUGUAACUCUAAUGAAGUAGAAUGAAAUCCAGUCUGAUUUGAAAAUAAAAGUCUCCAGUGGAGCGACAGUACUGGUAAAAUUGAGUUCUGUUCAAGAUCGAAGACUGAUCUGUGUUUCGUAUUUUUAUAUAAACUCUUUCACACACCAUAGAUUUAUUUUAAAAACGGAAAAUUUCAAACAUAAUUAACAGUGGAAGAUGGACUACAUUCUGUGGUGUGUCAGGUUCACUAUUCACUGGAGUUGUAGCCCUCAUACCUGCCAUACCAGUGAACUUGGCCAUCUUUCCCUCUUCCUCUCUGUGUGCUCCUUUUGUGCACAUUUGCAUUUAUCUAUAUCUUCCUGUAGUAAAGAAAAAAAUUACUUAUAAGUCAUGUGACAAUAUAAAGGAACAAAAGACUUGGGGGAAAUAGUUGCCUCUAGCUGGGGUAGUAUACAUUAUAGCAACUCAUGGGUUAAAAGUUAAGUCAAUGUAAAGAGUAAGACUUAUC